UUUCAUACGCCUCGUGCCCGCUUACGAGUUAGUACGUGUGUAACUUUGUGGGUAAUGAACGCGAUCUUUAACUUACUUUCAAUGCUAAGUUAUCCAAUAAAAUUUCCGGUUCAAAAUCAAGAUGAUACCCAAGCCGCUGCCUAUGUUUUUCUUGUGUCUACUACUUGGCCAAGCAAGCAGCAAGAUCAUUAUACAGACAGCAGUAAUAUACGAUGACUAUUACGCUGAUUCAUUGCCAAGUUUCAGAAAAGCGAUUGCAGAUACAAAUCUACAUGUAUUACAUACGGAGUUUUAUCAGAAUAAUAUGACAAAUAUAGUAGAAACUAUCACGGCCGAAAAAGUAUCCAGUCUUUUCAUACUUGCCAAGUUCAUAAAUUGUACAGCGAUGGUGGAACUAAAGCAAGCUGUUACUGUAUUCUUUAUUGGGAUGGUUCGACAGCACUGCGAACCGGGCGACAAUUUUCUGAUGUAUAUGUACCCAUCACACUUCGACGUUAUGGGAGCUAUGUACGAUGCUAUAGAACAGUAUCGAUGGAAAACUGCCGCUGUAUUUUACGAUGAAAGUCGAGAGUUGGCUUUCGGAUAUCAAGAUUUAGAUUUAGCAAGACAGAGAGGAAUUAACUUUAAGGUUUGGGUAAUACCAGAAGAUCAAGAUAAAAUGUGGGGAAUUCUAAAGUCUGUACGGUUGCUGGGAUACAGGACUUAUAUUCUGGCAUGCGAUUACAAGAUUGCUACUUCUGUUUUAACAAAAGCCGUGUUUUUGUCAAUGGUUAGCGAAGUCAAUCAUUGGAUGUUACCGAGCAUUGAGAUGCACCCGCUUUUGCUUCAGGAUUUUCUGGAAUCGAGUGUCAGACUGACCGUGAUAAGCGCGAAAAUAAUUCGCGACGUUCUCGAAAGGAACUAUGUGUAUGAGAACUCUGAACGCCAUGCGAGGGACGAAGUUAUUACUGCAAUCACGACAGAUGCUUUCAACCGGAUCCGUAGAUCGUGCGACGAAGCUAUUGCUAUUGGUUGUUUCGAUAUUCCGUUGUCGGAGGACAGUCAGUGCGGAAUUGAUCAGGGAGCAAAAAGUUUCUCACUCGGAUCGUAUUACUCUGUUGGAACAUGCACUGAAAUGUACAUGCGAGGCUUGAAAGAAAUCGGACCGACAAGAAUCGAAUUUUUGGAGCACCAUCUCGAGAAUGAAAAAGGCACAAUGAGCCUGCAAGGUUAUUGGAAAGACAAGUCAUUCGAACCAGGUUACAUUCCAUUUGUACAAGCUGCAGUUGUGUUUCCUGAAGAUCCGUUAAAAGUUGGAAUCGUAUACGAGCUACCUUGGGUCAAAUGGCACGUCAACGAGCUGACGUCAGAGACUACGUAUGAAGGGUUUUUAAUCGAUCUACUGGAAACUUUAUCUCGGCGACUUAACUUUAAAUACGAGUUAUAUUGGAAUGAGAAAGUUGGGCCUAACAGAGGCAAUGAAAAAGAAGUGGACGCAGAAGUGAACAGACUGCUAGAAACCAAACAGGUGGAAUUUGUCCUUUAUACUCGUCCUAUUCUCGGUGGCAAACUUGGUAAAGAAGAAUUAUCAAUUGCAUUUCAGCAAGUGUCCUACUACAUGGUAACACUCGCUUCUGGAAACGACGUACCAGUUAAUAUAUGGCAGUUUCUUGCACCUUUUACGUUCGAUUCUUGGUUUGUGCUAUGGGCAUCUUUAAUCGUUGUGAGUAUAUUCCUUGCUGUUGUGAAUCAUUUCAACCCAUUUGAGUGGCGCAAGAUGGCGCUAGACGACACGAAUGAUGACGUAGGGGUAGAGGAAUUUAAUAGACUAGGGUUCGGCAAUAGCAUUUGGAUGGCAUAUGGUGGUCUUGUACACCAAGGUGUUGACAUAGAACCACGUUCAUAUGCAGGCCGUAUGAUCACUGGAACGUGGUGGUAUUUCACUAUGUUAGUAAUAGCAGCAUAUACUGCUAACUUAACAGCUUUCUUAACUCAAGAGUUUUCGGAGGAAGUAGCGUCACUGUCAGAGUUAUUGGAUCAACCACACUACGACUAUGGGACUACAGCAGAUGCUCAUAUUAUGACGUAUUUUCUACCCCAUGCUGAAACACAUCCCUUCACUACAGUAUGGCAACAUCUAAAAACUAACCCGGCAAACGUGUUCAAUACAACCGCUGAAAUAUUUGAGAGAAUUUCCCAAGGCGGGUUCUACUACCUUGCUCCUUUCAGAGAAGUGGCAAAAGCAGAGCAGCAAGACUGCUUAUAUUCAAGGGUGGGCGAAGGUUUCUGGGAUUACCAAUAUGCUCUACCGUUUCAAAUCAGUUCUCGCUACACAGCUGUAUUCAGUGAUGCCAUUGCAUCGUUACGCGAUGACGGUACACUACACGAGUUAGAAUCAAAAUGGUUUAAUUUCAGGACCGAAUGCACCGAAUCAUCUUUCGAUAUUGAAUCAAACCGACUCGGAAUCGGUAAUUUGGGAGGAAUGUUUAUCUUACUUGUGAUUGGCUCAUUCCUAUCGCUGAUGGUGCAUUAUGGGGAGGUGCUGUGGUCGCGUCGUCGGAAAUUAAAAUACUUCCGGAACAAAAGCGAGAAGAAAGAGACGAAAGAUGAUCUCGUGACUGAGAUGAGGAAGAAGAGAGAGCAAGAGAAGAAGGAGCUAAAUCAGCAACUAGAAGAGUGGGAGGGAGGGUACGAUUACUGGGUUAACAGGAUGGACCGCAUUAAUAAAACAUUGGAGACAAUUGAUGAACAAACUAAGCAUCAUAAGCGUAAGAUCACUGGAAGAUCUGAGUCCGAUUCUGAAGACGAAGAUAACCAAGACUUUAACUGGUGGACAGGUGCGUAUCAAAAUAUGACUCAAGCCAUAUCUGGAAGAGCUCAUAAAGAAGCAGAACUACAAAGAGACACAGUUUUGGCGGAAAAUCCCGACGAAACGGAUAUCCAAACAGAAGAUGACGUCACCAUUUCAGGUCUGGACAACUUUAGUUCAAUAUGCCCCCCAGAGUUCCAGGACGCCCCUGACCCCCAAACUGAAACCGAAACCAAAUCAACGCCCAUGACGUCACCGGCUGCUGACGUAACCGUGACGUCACCGGCUGUCGAGGAACGACGACAGCAACUCGGUCGCCUCGGAAGAAUGCUAAGUUUUAAAGAAGGGCGAAAGAAUUACGACCAAUGGGACUAAUCUUAUACGCGUGUCUGUAACUCAUUGCGAAAGACAACAACACAUUUUAAAUGCCUUCGAAAACUUUAUUUUGAAAAUAUUUAAAUGGUCCUUUUUCACCUAAUUGGAAAAUAUAUAAAAUGGUUUUAAGUAACAAAAAUUGAAUACCUUUUUAAACACGCACUUUUAGCACUUUUGGUUACGUAUAAAAUGCAAUGGUAGCUAUAAUUUUGAAGCACAAACAACAAAAAUGUGAUUGAAAUGGCCUAUAGUGAGUCUUAACACGCUGGGUUAUAAAUGCCCAAAUCUUUGGUGCAAUAAUUUUAAAAAAUAACACCUAUAAAUGGAAGUUUAAAAAUUGAUUAAAAUAUCUGAUGUGUACAUAUAUAUAUCAAUUAAAAUAGUGUAAAUAUAUUUGCUGAUUUAUAAGCAAUACAUACACGAG